CGGGACAUUAGAAGGAACCUGACCAGAAAAGCGAAAAGCUCUCCUUUAUUUCCCUCUCGCCUUUCUCUCUCACUCCUCCACUUCUCUCGCCAGACCUCCACCAUCCGUGCCGUUUCGCCCCCCAAAACCCAAAAUCAUUCCGUUUUCCUUCCCAAAUCUCUCGCAUUACUUAUUAUAUCUCUGCUUCUGCUGGAAUCCAGUUCAUGCUGUAGCUGGUUGGAACUCUAUUGACGUGUAUACGGCGGAGGAGCGGCCAGAGGCAGUCGGAGUCGGGAGGUCGGAAGGGAAUUCGAGAUGUCGGCAACGGAGGGGUCUGGAUCCUGUGUCGAUGAAAAUGAAGGGGCAGCGCUCUAACUCUGUGGGAUCUGAAACGACGAUAUGAAUUUUUCACUGUGCCGACGCCGACUUUUCCGCGGUUGUUAGGGUUAGGGAUUGCCUAGCGCUGGCUGAUGAGGAUUUGGAACAUACAGAGGAAACAGCCCGAGGUUUCACCAUGCUUUUCACCAAGCUCGACGAUUCUCCUAUGUUCAGGAAACAGGUUCAAACACUUGAGGAAAGUGCGGAGUCAUUACGUGAGAGAUGCCUGAAGUUUUACAAAGGCUGUCGAAAAUACACGUAUGCCAUACUAAGCAGCUUGAAGGACUUGGUGAAGGAUACGAUGGAGAUAUUGCUUUUGCAAGCUCCCUAGAAACAUUUGGUGGUGGUCAUAAUGAUCCCAUUAGUGUUGCAUUUGGAGGGCCUGUGAUGACUAAAUUUACGAUCGCCUUAAGAGAAAUUGGAACAUAUAAAGAAGUUCUCCGUUCUCAGGUUGAGCACAUGCUUAAUGAUCGUUUGCUGCAGUUUGUUGACAUUGAUCUGCAUGAUGUUAAGGAUGCUCGAAAGCGUUUUGAUAAAGCCUCCCUCUUGUAUGAUCAGGCCCGUGAAAAAUAUCUAUCGCUGAAGAAAGGCACAAAAGCAGACAUUACCUCUGUCUUAGAGGAUGAGCUCUAUAGUGCAAGAUCUUCAUUUGAGCAGGCCCGCUUUAAUCUGGUUACUGCUCUUUCCAAUAUUGAGGCAAAAAAGAGAGUUGAGUUUCUUGAGGCUGUUAGUGGCACAAUGGAUGCUCAUCUCCGCUACUUCAAACAAGGAUAUGAGCUAUUGCAUCAGAUGGAGCCUUACAUCCACCAGGUUCUCGCAUAUGCGCAGCAAUCAAGAGAGCGGUCCAACUAUGAGCAUGCAGCCCUUACGGAGAGGAUGCAGGAAUUUAAAAGACAGAUUGAUAGGGAAAGUAGGUUAUCUUCAAAUGGGUCAAAUGAAUCUCCAAAUGGUGAUGGUAUACAAGCUGUUGGUAGGAGCUCUCAUAAAAUGAUUGAGGCUGUAAUGCAGACUGCUGUCAAGGGGAAGGUUCAAACCAUUCGACAGGGUUAUCUUUCAAAGCGCUCAUCUAAUCUACGAGGUGACUGGAAAAGAAGAUUUUUUGUGCUUGAUAGUCGAGGAAUGUUGUACUACUAUCGUAAGCAAUGGAGCAGGCCAUCUGGUGCUGGAGUUCAUUCUAGUCAGAGGAGUCAUGGCUCAUCAGAACAUAGUUCUGGGUUGCUGAGUCGUUGGUUCUCCUCUCACUAUCAUGGUGGAGUACAUGAUGAAAAGUCUGUAGCACGCCAUACUGUGAACCUCCUUACUUCUACAAUAAAAGUGGAUGCAGAUCAAUCAGAUUUAAGAUUCUGUUUUAGGAUAAUUUCACCAACAAAAAACUACACAUUGCAGGCUGAGAGUGCAAUUGAUCAGAUUGAUUGGAUUGAGAAGAUAACCGGUGUUAUUGCUUCUUUGCUUAGUUCCCAAUCACCUGAGAAGCACCUCCUUACUAGCCCCAUGAGUAGUGGUCAUCAUCGCACUGCCAGUGAGAGUAGUUCAUUUGACAGCUCAACUGAUCUUGAUCACGUAGCAAUUGAAGAAUCUUCAUUUGAACGGAAUAGUGCUACUGGAGCAUCUGAGCGUUUUCACCGAAUCUCACAACAACAUAGGUUCAAUAUCAAGCAUGAAAAGCCAAUUGAUUUGCUGAGGAAAGUCUGCGGAAAUGAUGUUUGUGCUGACUGUGGUGCUCCUGAUCCUGACUGGGCAUCCUUAAACCUUGGAAUUCUUGUAUGCAUAGAAUGUUCUGGGGUACAUCGCAAUUUAGGUGUGCACAUAUCUAAGGUGAGGUCUCUUACACUUGAUGUUAAAGCAUGGGAGCCUUCAGUUAUUAAUUUGUUCCAAUCAUUGGGUAAUACAUUUGUAAAUUCAAUUUGGGAGGAACUUCUUUUCACUAGUAACAGAAAACAUGAGGAUGGCUCUUGUUUCCACAAUAUUGACAGAAAGCAACAACAUAUAUUAAUCCGAAAGCCAAGGCAUAAUGAUCCUAUAUCAGUGAAGGAGAAAUUCAUUCAAGCAAAGUAUGCAGAAAAAGCAUUUGUUCGAAAACCCAGGAAUGACCAAUAUCAGCUACUUGCAGCACAGCAAAUAUGGGAGAGUGUUUGUUGCAAUGACAAGAAAGCAGUUUACCAACAUAUAGUGGCCUCAAAUGCUGAUGUGAAUGCUGUAUAUGAACAGACAUCUUUCAAUAAUUCCUUAACUCUCGCAAAAGCGUUGCUUCUGCAGGAGCAAACAAGUCCAGUCUUCGAUCGAAGCUCUAGCUGUAAUAUUGGUGAAUCAGAACAAUGGGUUUCUGCCUUGAACUCCUUCAGUUCGCUCGGCGCCAGCGAAAACAGAAGUGAAACUGAUGAAAGCUAUGAAGGCUUCUCCCUCCUUCACCUUGCUUGUCAAACAGGUGAUAUUGGAAUGAUAGAACUGCUCUUGCAAUAUGGGGCUAAUGUAAAUGCUGUGGAUCUGAGGAUGAUGUCGCCACUUCAUCAUUGUAUUCUGAGAGGUCGACAUGCCUUCACUAAGCUACUGAUUUCCAGGGGCGCUGAUCCGCACACCACUGACAGUGUUGGUAAGACCCCUCUACAGUAUGCAAUGGAAACUGGAAACAUAGAUGAUGAGGAAGCUCUUGUUCUAUUGGAGGAUACAAAUAGAUAGUAUGAAUUUGCAAUACCCAGAUAUCUCUACUAGGUUAUUAGGAAAGAUUGCUGGUUCUGAUGGAUCUGCACUUUUCAAACCCAAGUCAGUCCCAGUGUUAGCUUUCCCUAAUCUCGCCACCUUUUGUCAGUGAUUAGUCAGGAAUUUCGAGCUCCGCAAUCCAACGAGUCGCAUAUCGGUUGAGCUUGGAAGAAGGCGAUCUUCGUGUUUCUGGAACUUUCAGGUUUGUCUUUUCUAUUGAUCACAGUUUAUGUUUGGUUUGCAGCUUCCUGCCUUGUAUGAGCAAUGUGUGUAUUACCCCUCCCUAUUAUGGUUUUAUCAGAUUCAAUUCUAUGGCCUGCAUUUGAUUGCUAAGACUUGUUUUGUCUUGUAAAAAUUUUUGUAUAUAUAUUUGAACUUGUUCUUAUUAUAUUACUCUGAGUUCAAUUAAAACAAAAGUUUUCCAUCUA